UUAUUCCUCUACUAUCAACAGACAGGUAAAAUUUCACGGAUUCUGUUUUACUGAAGUUUUGAGAAAUCCCGCAAAAGAAGUAGAAACCAUCCAACAUGUCGACUGGCGAUGAUAUCAAAAUGACAGAGGAAGAAGCCUUCUCAUAUCUUCAGGACAAUCUCCACAUGGCGUCAGCGAAGCAGAGGCGUCAGGCUAAUCGGGAAUCUUUCUUGAAUGAGAUCGUAGUGGCAAUCCACCGCCAUCUUCCCUGGCACACCGUCAAGAAUCUGAACACCCCACAGGAGAAGAGGCACCUACCAACCUUGGAAGAAAUCAAAGAAGACAUGUACGACGGUACCGGAGGCCUCUGCUACACACUCAACGUAUUCUGCAGGAUGUUGCUUCAAGCGUUGGGUUUUGAGGUGGUUUACGUACCCAGUGACGUCCGAGGGUACAAGGAUGUCCACACCCUACUCAUGGUGCGUCACCUGACAGCCGAAGGAAGCAGUCACAUGGUAGACGUUGGAUCAUCGAGUCCACUCUUUCGCGCCAUUUCUUUCGACUUCGAGGGGGAGACGUCGCCCGUAUACCAGGAUUCCUUCCUGCGCUACCGGUUCGUCCGCCAAGGAGAUUCCGUUGUCCAGGAACAUGCUACUUCCAGCGACCCGCAUGCGGCUGCAGAGUUUGACGGGACAACCUCUGAAUGGUUUACAUACCUGACUAUCCAUUACAAGAGAUACGUCGGGAUAGAAUUCUUCAAUGACACCACAAGAGCAUUCUAUACAGUGGUCAAUCCGGACGUUCCCUUCUUGACCAGCCUGCGAUGUUUGGCAUUUCCUGAUAAUCGAUUCAUCUGUAUAAAAGACACCACCUUACUGAAAGAGAAUGAAGAUGGGCGAGUGGAGAAGUCUUAUUUUCGAUCACGUGAUGAGAUUCUGUCGGCCUUUCAGCUUUAUUUUCCGCAAUUUCCAAGAAGUAUGAUUCUUAUUGCAAUGAAUGACGAAAACGUGUCAUUUGAUUUUAAUAAGCAAACAGGUGGUUAAUAGAGUAUGCUAAAUAGACAACGAAACAAUUUCAUUCAUGUCUAUGGCUGGUGGUUGUUGAUAUCUUUCAUUAAUGUUAUAUGUCUAGAAAGAGUAGGAUGAAACAAGCGAAUAUUUAAAUUUCAAUCAGAAUCAGCAGUUCGGUUCACCUUUUAGAAUGUGCUGUUAACAUGUUUC